AUGGAUGGCGUUCGAACUAGAGAACGUGAAGUGGUCGCCACUUCUCAUAUGCCAUGGUUUCACUCGAACGUUACACGCGAAGCAACAGAGAGGAUGCUGCAUCAAAGAGCCGACGGCACAUUCCUGAUAAGGGAUUCUACCAAUUUUCCAGGAGAUUACACAUUAUCCAUGGCUUAUAGGGGAAAGGUGGAGCACUAUAGAAUUUAUCAAAGUGGAGGACAAAUCACGUGUGAUAAUGAGGAGUUCUUUGCUAACCUCACCCAGUUAGUCUCGCACGUUAUAAAGCGCGAUGCUGACGGGUUAUGUCAUCGGCUUGUGACUCCGAUAAUAUGUGAAAGCUAUCGUAUUCCGUCGAGCAAUGCAGAUAUUGAAGAUCGUACAAGUGCUUUUCUCAAGGCAGGUCUUGUCAUACCCUCCGGUGACAUCCGUCUCGGUGACAUUAUAGGCCACGGCGAAUUUGGAGAUGUGUUGGUAGGUUUUUACAAGGACAAGAAGGUAGCAGUCAAAGUUUCGAAGCGACACGGCAAUGGGAUGUUGGAUUCGUUGUUAGAUGAAUCGCGAUUUAUGGUAGGACUGUCUCAUCGGAAUCUAGUGGCCUUGAUUGGAGUUGUGUUAGAUGAUGCCAAUAUUUAUAUGGUGACGGAGUAUAUGGCCAAUGGAAACCUUGUUGACUUGUUGCGCUCGCGAGGACGGCAUCAGCUCGAAAAGACGCAGUUAAUCCAGUUUGCGAUUGAUAUCUGUGAUGGAAUGUGUUACCUUGAAAGCCGUCAGAUUGUCCACCGAGAUUUGGCUGCACGUAAUGUUUUGUUGGAUGAGGACUAUGUUGCGAAAGUGAGCGACUUUGGCCUAGCCAAAAAAGCUCAUUCGCCGGCUAACGAUAAUUCAUCUGGGAAAUUUCCGAUCAAAUGGACUGCUCCGGAGGCUUU